GUCCAAUAUGGCAGCCUCCUGAGUUUAUGAAUCGUACAUUCGUCACGGUUAUUGAAAUUAAUUGGAAUUUGCAAUAAGGAUUGAACUGAAACUAUGUCGAAAAGUAUCAUUAUACGUAUUCAAUGUCCAGAUGGACAGAAAAGAAUAAACCUUCUAUCAAAUGACACUGCUACAGAGCUGCUAAAGAAGGUUUCAAAAGUGAUAUCACUUUCCACUUCCGAUUAUAGUCUUUAUCGCACUAGAGACAAAACUGGUGAAAUCAACAGUUCAAGGAAGUCACUAUCUGCACUUAAAAUCCAUCAUGGAGAUAUGCUGUUCGCUUUUCCACAUGCUGGCAUGACGGCCAGCAAUGACUCUGACGCCAUGGAUACAAGUGACCAAUCAGCUGCCCAGAUCACCAUACCAAGUGCAAGCAGCGGUCCAUCAACAAGCUCAGCUGCAUUUGCAAGUGAUGAAGUAGUUGAGGACGAGGUUGAUCAGUAUAUUAGUACAUUAGAUGGUAAAAUACAGAGAGACAGAGAUGAGCAGUUAUGUCGACAUGGUCCCAGAGGUAAAUGUGUUCACUGUGCGGCAUUGGAGCCUUUUGAUGAAGAAUAUUUAAAGAAACUUGAUCCUCCUAUAAAACACAUGUCAUUCCAUGCUUACAUUCGAAAACUUACAAGUGGUGUCGAUAGGGGUAAAUUCGCAAUGUUGGAGAAUAUAAGUUGUAAAAUCAAGUCUGGAUGUUCUGGUCAUUUACCCUGGCCUGAAGGUAUCUGUACAAAGUGUCAACCAAGUGCUGUUACACUUAAUAGACAGCACUAUCGUCAUGUCGACAACGUCUUGUUUGAAAAUCCACGACUGUUUGAUCGUUUCAUCGAUUACUGGAGGAAAUCUGGCAACCAAAGAGCUGGACUUUUAUAUGGUCGUUAUGAGUACCAUGAGAGCGUGCCAUUGGGUAUCAAAGCCAGUGUUUCUGCAAUCUAUGAACCACCACAGGACUGUACACCCAAUAGUAUUGAGUUCUUAGAUGAUCCGCAUGGCUCAGUGGUAGAUGAAAUUGCAGGUAAACUAGGACUUCGAAAGGUGGGAUGGAUAUUUACAGAUCUUGUUGCAGAAGACCUUCGGAAAGGCACAGUAAAGCAUGUCAGAAACAUGGAUGCUCAUUUUCUUAGUGCCGAAGAAUGCAUCAUGGCCGGUGAAUUUCAGAAUCAAAAUCCUAACAAAUGUAAAUUAGCAACAGAUGGAAAUUUUGGAUCCAAAUUUGUUACUGUUAUUGUUACAGGUGAUUCAACCAAUCAGAUUCAUACUGAAGCAUAUCAAGUGUCCAAUCAGUGCAUGGCAUUAGUGAAUGAUGAUUGCCUUAUACCAACAAAAGAUGCCCCAGAGCUGGGUUAUAUUAAAGAGUCUUCUAAUGAGCAGUAUGUACCCGAUGUCUUUUAUAAGAUGAAGGAUUCCUAUAAUAAUGAAGUUGCUUUGUUAGCAAGACCACUUCCAGUAGAGUAUCUUAUUAUAGAUGUUCCUGCUGGAUUUCCUCUAGAACCCAAAUAUACAUUUUUAGAUGAGAAUGAAAGAAAAUUUCCAAUAGAAAACAGAUCAGCAAUUGCUGAAAUCCAGAAUUUUGAGACGCUAUCACAGUACUUGCAAUAUUACCCUGCAGCGAAAUUAUUAGAUGCAAUGUGUGAUCUGCACGUGUUGUUAUAUCUUGCAACUAUGGACAUUGUGCCAUUGAAGAAUCAUAUGGAUGGUUUAUUACUUGCUGUGAAGGAUAGAGAUGUUGGAUUGAUGAGAGAUUGGACCAAAGGGGAACAUUGGGCAACAAUAGAACAGCUCAUACAAGCACACUCAGGAUCCAGCCCAUCGUCCGCUGAAGGUGCAUUUUUGGAACCGUCAGAUAUAGCAUCCGGUGGUCCUCCAGCUUCCAUCGGUGGUGGCAGUGUUGCUGCUCUCUGGACUUGUAAACAUUGUACAUUUAUUAAUCAACCCCCCAGGAGAGAAUGCGAAAUAUGUGGAUUGCCCCAUCAUUAGCUGUCACCCCCAUAUAUGGAAUGUUAGUGUCCGCCUGAUUAUUUCCUGUGAUUGGCGGUUGGUUGCAAGAUGACAUGCAGAGAUUUACAUCUGGGUUUUUUUACCAAUUAAUAGUGGAAGGAUUGAUUGAUGUAAUUAUAUUGUAUGUUAAAA